AUUGAAAUUAUACAAUCACACAAUUACCUCAAAAAAUAGUUCUAAGCCGAAGUUCGAGAUAUGAAAUCGAUUGUAUCCUCUAAGAAGUUUUUCAUUAGUCUUUGAAGAUUUCUGAUUAAAUAAAAAUUUUGUAACUGAUAUGAAAUUUCCUAAUGAGAAAAAUGAAAUUCUCAUCUCUAUAUGACUUGUAAUACAUUAAAAUUUAUCGAACAUCAAGGUAUCUUUUUUUUUCUUUUCUUUAAGAUAUUACAUAUCUUUUAUCUUUAUGUGAAUACGGUGAUCUACAUUUACGUGGUGCAUGUGCAAAUUUACUUGUUACAUUAAUUCAAACAACAAAUCAUCUUUUAACACUAUCAUCAUUAUCAAAUUCAUUUAAUAAUUCUUUUAUUAAUCAAUGUUCACUUGUAUCAACUGAUUCACAAGUCAAUUCAAGUCAUGCAUUUACAAUCAUAGAAAUUGAAUUAUUAGAAGAUUCUAUUCAACAUACUACAAGUGCCUAUGUUCUUGCUAAAUUUGCUCUAGUUCAAUUUAUAGAUGACAUUGAUUUUCGAAUAUUAACUUAUCUUGAACAACAACAAUUAAAACAACAGUACCCUGAUAUACGUGUUCGUCAAGCAACUGCUUCGACUUUUGCUAAAAGUGAAAGUGAUUUUCAAGCUACUGUACUCAAUUUACUUGUUCAAUUACUUUUAAUGCGUCAUUUUAUUUUUUGUAUUGCUGAAUUUCUUGUUAUGUUAUCACAUGAUACACUUCAUUCAAAACGAGUUAUUAACAUACAAGAUUUAAUAAAACAUUAUGAUUCAUUAUUAGCAAGUGGACAUGAACCUGAAACACAUGUUAUUGUUAAUAGUGUUCAAAUUGAAGAUGAUAAAUGGAAACGUCUUUCACGACAAAUUGAUCAAUCACUUUUGGAUAUUUAUCCCACACAAUUAACACUAUUUGAUGUUGUCUCAUCAGUUGCAUUACGAUCAAUUGAUCCAUUUGUUGUUGCUUUUCGAGCAUUAAAUGAUGUUUUAUUAUCAGUUAAUGGAACACGAGAUGAAACUUUUAAAGCAUGCUGGUCACCAAUAUUAACACCAUCAUCAUUAAUAACACAUUUAUCUAUAAGUAGUCAAUUACAAUCUUAUUGUGAGUUAAUAUGUCAUCAUGAAUUAUAUGUUGAACAUUUUACAUCAAUAACAACACAUUAUCAAUUAUUAUUAUUAUUUUUUAUUGAACAAAGUGAUACAUGCACAUAUGUACAUAAUUUAUUUGAUCUUAUACAUCAUACAUCAGUUGCAAGUCAUUUAUUCGUUUGUGAAGGAAUACAUUUAUAUGAAAGUGGUCUUAUAUUAGUUUUAUUAAUUGAACAAUUUCUUCCAUUACCAUUAAAUAAACAAUUAUGA